CCGGAAGUAAAACUUUUUCCAGAAGUCAAACAUUACCGUCUUCCUGUGAUGUGCCGCUGGACUUAAAUAAUAAUUUAGAAAAGAUAACCAUUACUUGCUGAUAAAUUAAACAGAAGGCUACAAUCAAGUAGGCGUCAGCGGGAAAUCAUGUUUUAUCAUAUUUCCCUGGAGCAUGAGAUCCUGCUCCACCCUCGGUACUUUGGUCCCAAUCUCCUGAACACUGUGAAACAAAAGCUCUUCACAGAAGUGGAGGGAACAUGCACAGGGAAAUAUGGAUUCGUCAUUGCGGUGACCACCAUUGACAACAUUGGUGCAGGUGUCAUCCAACCAGGCAGGGGAUUUGUGCUUUACCCUGUCAAGUACAAGGCUAUUGUCUUCCGUCCAUUCAAAGGCGAGGUGGUAGAUGCCGUGGUUACCCAGGUCAACAAAGUUGGACUGUUCACAGAGAUCGGUCCCAUGUCCUGUUUCAUCUCUCGUCACUCCAUUCCCUCAGAGAUGGAGUUUGACCCCAACUCAAAUCCUCCCUGUUAUAAGACCACUGAUGAGGACAUUGUAAUCCAACAGGAUGAUGAGAUUCGGUUAAAGAUCGUGGGAACAAGAGUGGAUAAAAACGACAUUUUUGCUAUUGGAUCCCUCAUGGACGAUUACCUGGGUCUUGUCAGCUGAAGUCCCUGCAGUGUCAACAUACAUCUCUCAUAUUUUAUGUAAAUGCCUCGACAAUAUAGUACUGUCAUUUUUCUAGGUUGAUAAUGUGGUAUUGCUACAAAUCCUGUACUAAGUUGGGACACCAUAUGAAUACAUACUAUUGAAACCACACAGAGCCUGUUGAUAAGCAGGUGGUUAUGUUGCUGUAUUGUCUGAGUUACCCUUCCAGUUGCUGUUGUUUAUUGUAUUUCUACAACUUGAACUGGAAAUAAAUGUUUAUUUUUUGGUAA